AUCAUUAUUAAUGUUUGAGCUCCGCUCUUCUUUGUUCCGCCAACGCCUAAAUCUGGUUGUUCUCUCCGCCAAUCUAUCUCUGUUCCAAAUCGGAAACCGAAAUUCCGAUCAGCGAAAAUUCCAAUGAGCACCGGCGAGCUUCUCAGCAUCGAGCCUCUCGAGCUCAAGUUCCCCUUCGAAUUGAAGAAGCAGAUCUCUUGCUCGCUUCAGCUCUCGAAUAAGACCGAUAGCUAUGUCGCUUUCAAGGUCAAAACUACGAAUCCAAAGAAGUAUUGUGUUCGUCCGAACACGGGAAUUGUUUUGCCGCGAUCCACGUGUGAUGUUAUAGUUACAAUGCAGGCGCAAAAAGAGGCUCCUCCAGACAUGCAAUGCAAGGAUAAGUUUCUCCUGCAGAGUGUAAAAACCAAUGACGGUGCAACUCCGAAGGAUAUUACUCCAGAAGUGUUCAAUAAAGACGCAGGACAUGUGGUUGAGGAGUGCAAAUUGAGAGUGGUAUAUGUUUCUCCACCUCAGCCCCCUUCUCCGGUCCCAGAAGGGUCAGAGGAAGGGUCUUCACCAAGAGCUUCUGUUACAGAGAAUGGAAAUCUUAAUGGUUCCGAGUUUUCCAAUGCUGCAAAAGGACUUUCAGAGCAGAUUGAAGUUCCGAAGAGAUCUGCAGAGGAAAAUGCACUUAUUAAGAAAUUGUCAGAGGAAAAGUCAAAUGCGCUUCAAACAAAUAAGAGGCUUCGUCAGGAGCUGGAACUCUUAAGGAAUCAAGGGGGCAAAAGCCAUGGUGGUGUUUCAAUCAUUGUCGUCAUUAUUAUUGGCCUCAUUGGCUUACUUUUGGGUUAUCUCAUGAAGAAGUCGUAAGCGGUUUGUUACAGAUCUUUUGCCAAACCUUUUCCUUCUCAGUCAUUGAAGAAUGAUGGUGGAAGGACACAAACGAACGAAGGAGAGGUGCUUCAUCUUAGGUAGCUUUGUCAAAGUUUCUAAGCUUGUUUAGGUGGGGUCAUGAGUCUGUAGGUGCUGGAAUACUAGAUUAGCUGUGUCAGACUCGUUUGGUAAAACUCAACAUUCUUUUUGUAACUUAAAAGAGGAUGAUUUUUACUUUUUUAUUUUGUGGGUUUAACUUGAGGGACCUUGCUCCACUAUGUCUUUGACUGUUAAUAAUUUUAUACAUCUCAAUAUGAUGUAAAACGCGUAUUCAGUUAUUUCGUUUCUAAUUUUCUGUU